GAAGAGGAAAUGGCAGGUCCUAAUCACCUGUGCAUUCGCCGCUGGACUACCAAGCAUGUAGCUAUUUGGCUGAAAGAUGAAGGCUUUUUUGAGUAUGUGGACAUCUUAUGCAAUAAGCACCGACUUGAUGGAAUCACAUUACUAACAUUGACUGAAUAUGAUCUCCGUUCUCCUCCUCUGGAAAUCAAAGUUUUAGGGGACAUAAAAAGGUUAAUGCUCUCAGUUCGUAAAUUGCAAAAGAUACAUAUUGAUGUUUUAGAAGAGAUGGGCUACAACAGUGAUAGUCCUAUGGGUUCUUUGACCCCUUUCAUCAGUGCUCUUCAGAGUUCAGACUGGCUCUGUAAUGGGGAUCCUUCACAUGACUGUGAUGGACCCAUCACUGACUUGAAUUCUGAUCAAUACCAGUACAUGAAUGGUAAAAACAAACAUUCUGUUCGAAGGUUGGACCCAGAGUACUGGAAGACCAUAUUGAGUUGCAUAUAUGUUUUUAUAGUAUUUGGAUUUACAUCCUUCAUUAUGGUUAUAGUCCAUGAGCGAGUGCCUGACAUGCAAACCUACCCACCACUCCCAGAUAUAUUCUUAGACAGUGUUCCUAGAAUCCCAUGGGCCUUUGCUAUGACAGAAGUAUGUGGCAUGAUCCUGUGUUAUAUUUGGCUCCUGGUUCUUCUUCUUCACAAGCACAGGUCAAUACUUCUGCGAAGGCUCUGUAGUCUGAUGGGCACUGUUUUCUUGCUUCGCUGCUUUACCAUGUUUGUGACCUCCCUCUCCGUGCCAGGACAGCACCUGCAGUGUACUGGAAAGAUAUAUGGCAGUGUAUGGGAGAAAUUACACCGAGCCUUUGCCAUCUGGAGUGGCUUUGGUAUGACCCUGACUGGUGUUCAUACUUGUGGAGAUUACAUGUUCAGUGGCCACACAGUCGUCCUAACUAUGCUGAAUUUCUUUGUCACUGAAUGUAAGUAUCUCUUUACUGCGUCAAAGCAUAUUAGAUGGCAGGCUUUAGAGGAGACUAUGGGAAUGAUAUCAAGUCCUAUAAAGAAUGGUUGAGACAGACUGACAUAAGAAACAUGUGACUUAGAGGCAUUGGAAGGAAUGUGGUUUAAAAAUGAUCUUUCUGUCCUUUUCCCAGAUACACCAAGAAGCUGGAAUUUCUUGCACACUUUAUCCUGGGUUCUCAACCUCUUUGGAAUCUUCUUCAUUUUGGCUGCCCAUGAACAUUAUUCCAUUGAUGUAUUUAUUGCUUUUUAUAUCACAACAAGACUCUUUUUGUACUAUCAUACUCUGGCCAAUACCAGAGCUUAUCAGCAGAGUAGGAGAGCAAGGAUUUGGUUUCCCAUGUUUUCUUUUUUUGAAUGUAAUGUUAAUGGUACAGUACCUAAUGAAUAUUGUUGGCCAUUUUCAAAACCAGCAAUAAUGAAAAGGCUAAUUGGAUG